AUGGCGGAUCUACGGACGUUCAAACAGGACUUGCCGCCGCAAGGGGGUUAUGAGUCAAUCAGGUACAAGCGGAAUCUGCCCGUACGCGGACCGGGGGGAGUGAUCAUCUUCGGCGGCGUCUUCCUCAUCUGCACUUUUGGCUUCUACAAGGUCGGACAAGGCAAUCUAGAGAAGAGGGAAUUGGCGCGAGAACGAGCAUGGUCCAGGAUUCAUCUGGUGCCCAUGCUCCUUGCAGAGGGCGAUAGAGAUGUGUAUCGACGCGAUCAAGCCGCUUUGGGCAGAGAGAAGGAGAUCAUGAAGGACGUCGACGGUUGGGAGGCAAAGACGCGCUCUGCGGGCAAGUCUGUGUACAACUCCAAGCGAUACACGCCUCAGACGAUGUACGUCUUCUCUCGCGCUGAGGUCUGUUCACACUGA